AUGGCCACCGAACGGUUGAGCUCCAUAUUAAACCAUCUGACUCCAAGCAAAAGCAGACUCUCACUAAUCACACAAAAGAACCCCGACGAUGUGGUCAUUACUGUCGCCGUACGGACACCUUUGACCAAAGGGUUCAAGGGUGGUAUGAAAGACACACCGUUGGAUUACAUGGUACACCAGACUUUGAAAAAGGUUCUUGAGAAGUCGAACCUUGACCCACAGCUGGUCGAGGACGUUUGCCUGGGCAAUGUCAAUGAAGUAAAAGCCGCCUACCUCGCUCGUGCGGCGUCUCUGGCAGCGGGGAUUCCCAACACCGCCGGUGCCAGCAGCGCCAACCGGUUUUGCUCGUCAGGACUAAAAGCUGUGCAAGACGUUGCGAACCAGAUAGCCUGUGGUAGUAUAGAAUGUGGCAUAGCCAUCGGCGCCGAGUCUAUGUCUAUGUCAAACGCUACCAUGUCCCCCUUCCACGAGGCCUUGAUGCAGAACCAGGAAUCAGCAGACUGCCUGCAACCAAUGGGUCAAACAUCCGAGAAUGUCGGUAGGGACUUCGAUAUAUCAAGAGAGGCGCAAGAUAGAUUUGCAGCAGAGAGCUAUCGCAGAGCUGAGGCUGCUCAGAAAGCUGGCUGGUUUGAUGAUGAAAUCUUCCCUCUCGUGACCAAAGUGAACGAUCCCAAGACAGGGGAGGGAAAGAUGGUCACAUUGACAAAGGAUGAGGGACCGAGAUGGGGAACUACAUACGAGAGUCUGGCAAAGAUUCGACCUGCCUUUCCCCAGUUCGGAGACAGGAGUACAGGUGGAAACUCCAGCCAGGUUACCGACGGGGCUGCGGCCGUGCUCCUAAUGAAACGCUCCAAAGCACAAGAACUGAACCAGCCAAUCCUCGCCAAAUUCGUCGGUGCGACAGUAGCAGGUGUCGCGCCCCGAAUCAUGGGCAUUGGUCCCUCCCUCGCCAUCCCGAAGCUUUUGAGCAAGUACAACCUGAAUCUCCACACCGACGUCGACCUCAUUGAAAUCAACGAAGCAUUUGCGUCAAUGGCGGUCUACUGCACAAACAUCCUUGACAUUGAUACAAGAAAGCUGAAUGUCAGGGGCGGCGCGAUCGCUCUCGGCCAUCCAUUGGGAGCUACUGGUACGAGACAGAUAUGUACGGGAUUGAGCGAGUGUAGACGCCAGAAGAAAAAGAUCCUGCUUACGUCGAUGUGCAUUGGGACGGGCCAGGGUAUGGCUGGGUUAUUUGUGAAUGAGCAGCUGUAA